AUGGACAUCGGAUCCACUCGAGAAACAAGGGCUUAUUUCUACCGAACCACCAAGCUUUUAUUUCACUCAGGGUGCGAGGCGUCCCCCAUCGCCCUGUCACAGGCUGCAAUUCUCCUCUCAUUCUGGUCGACCCCAGUGGGAGGCGUCAAGAACCCCAAUACGUUUUGGCUCAGAACUGCGAUUCAGCUAGCCAAAGAAGUCAAGGCCAAUUACUACGGGACUAGUUAUCCGCUUACGACAAACACAGAAAGGAGAUUAAAUACUUUGAAAAGGCUCUGGUGGUGUUGUAUCAUUCGAGAUCGGAUUAUGCCACUCGCCACUCGCCGCGGCAUCGAGAUUAAGAGGACUGAUUUUGAUUUUACGGGCUCGCUGCCACUUUGCGCAUCAGACCUAACAGACGAAAUAGAUCGCUCUGCUGUGUACAAUUCGCACAGUAAAAGGUGUUUGUUGGGGAUCAUGGAACAACUCUGUAUGCUUUGUGUUCGCCUGACAGAUGCGCUGUCUCUCAUCUUCUCAGACAAUGGCUGUCCUUUAGGUUAUCGUUCACUGAACCAGAAUACCGCCGAGGAUGCGGCCGGAUGUAGGAGCGAGCUGCAGGAAUGGCACCAUCGGAUGACGCUACGUUUUGCAGAAUUCGAGUCUGAGAGAUCUAAUGGAUCCCACUGCAUUGACCAAUCUAUCCUUCUACAUAUGUGUUUGACGGAGCUAUACUAUCAAUCCGCGCAGCUGGCGAUUUCCAACUACGAGGUCUUCCACCACGUUGCCAGUUCAUCUUUGCAUAAACCCUCGGGUUGGUCUCAGGAAGCGCCAAGAAGCCUUGAAAGGACCCGGGAAGAGCUUCGGCACGUCGACUCCUGCAUAUCCGAGGUUUUGCAAAAGCUAGUCAAUCUGCGCCUCAUCAGCCGCCUCCCCUUGAGCGCGUCAGUCAUACUCCCAUCUCCUUCUUCCAUUGUUUCCAUCCGACAGCUGCUAACAUACUCUUCUAGCCUUGCCCUGGUAGCCCUUCCACUUGUGUUCCAACUGGUAAGGGGCUGGUUAUCGUCGUUUGGGUGUUCAAAUCUGCUGGGCCCUCACGACGCCGAUGAGCAAGGGGAUGCAAAGCAGCGCAAGCUGCUGGCCUUGACGGAAGCGUUUCACAUGUCGCAGAAGCGAUACGAUGGAGCCGACUAUGUCCACAAGACGGUUUAUCAUACCGCCCGUCUUGCACAAGUUGCCGACCCAGCUGGCGGGGAUAGUAGAGGCUGGUCAGAUGUCUUAUUAUCAGACCCAAAGAAAUACUUGGAAAUGGUUCUCACCAUGGAUCUGGCUCUGAGCCAGAAUAGUUUGCCAGAAGAAGACGACUACCCCAUAAAUUUACGCAGUUUCUGUAAGAGCAGCGUCAUGUCACAUGAGCCUCUUCCCGUGGCUCAAACUAUCCCUGACAGCAUUGGUCACGCUUGCGAUUCUGGGAGAACGGCUCGUCCAGACCAUGAAACACUGAUAUCCAAUCAUCAUGUGUUAUCUCAGGAGGAAACAAACAACGAUCUGGGAACGGCUGAGACACUGACCGGGCUGGAAACUAACACCUUACAACUGCAAAAUACACCUAGUGAGCCAGAACAAUGGACACCAACUUGUAUGCUUUCCAAAGAAGACGAACCGGAAAAAGAGCAAUGUGAACUUGGUCAAGUUGUAGAUCGAGUCUCUGGGCACAAACAUGCCCCUGACGAGGGGCUUAUCGGAGACAUAAAUGAGGGACAUUUGCCAAUCAGUCUAGAUGAUCUAGAGUUAUUUGCUGAGUAUCACGGAUUUCAAGAUCUGAUGGAGGAGCUUCAUGAUAUUUUGUAA